GUAGGCACCUAUGUUCGAACCAAGAUGGCGGCCAUGUUGGGAACCUCGAGAUGUGUUACUCGGAAUUUGGGGCGAGUUACAAGUCAACGAAUCAAGGUGCAGGUGUCAUCCCGGGGAAAGCAAACAACACCUGGCACAGUAGCAGCACUGAACAUCUUUAGAGCACCCUCAGCCUGUCAAUCAAAAUGGGCAAGUCAUCAAACAAUCCAGACCUGUACAAGAAAAGGCUGGUCUGCCAGGGGUAUCUGGACCACAGUUACUGCAUUCGAUGACUUCAAGAUAGUAAAAACUCCGCCGUUUGCAGAGUCGGUUACAGAGGGAGAUGUGAGGUGGGAGAAAGCUGUUGGAGACUAUGUGAAUGAGGAUGAGGUGGUGGGAGAAAUUGAAACAGACAAGACCUCCAUCCCUGUGCCGUCCCCGGUAUCAGGUGUGAUUGAGGAGUUCCUGGCAGCUGAUGGGGACACAGUCACUGCUGGUCAGGAGCUCUUCAAGGUUAAAGUCACAGCUGGAGGAGCUCCAGCUGAAAAGCCAGCUCCUGCAGCUGAGAAGCCUGCACCUGCACCAGCAGCUGCACCUGCCCCCGCCCCACCACAGCCAGCUGCUCCUGCACCUGCAGCACCUGCAGCUGGUCCCAUCCCGACCACGCCUCCACCACUACCUCCGCUGCCUCAGCAGCCCAUCACAGCCAAACCAGUGGCUGACAUGAAGCCUGUUGCGGCGGCUGCCCCGGCCAUGGGGGUCACUGCAGGUGCACGCACAGAGAACAGGGUGAAAAUGAACAGGAUGCGACAGCGCAUUGCCCAGCGACUGAAGGAUGCUCAGAAUGAGUGUGCCAUGUUGACAACGUUCCAGGAGUGUGACAUGAGUAAUGUUAUAGAGAUGAGGUCCAAACACAAAGAUGGCUUCUUGAAGAAACAUGGUGUGAAGCUUGGGUUCAUGUCUCCCUUCGUGAAAGCAGCUGCGUUUGCUCUCCAGGACCAGCCUGUGGUGAAUGCAGUGAUUGAAGACAAGGAGAUUGUGUACAGAGACUACAUUGACAUCAGUGUAGCCGUGGCGACCCCAAAGGGUCUGGUUGUACCUGUCAUCAGGGAUGUGGGAAACAUGAACUACGCUGACAUUGAGAAAACCAUCCAGGAACUGGGAGAGAAGGCACGCAAGGGUGAGCUGGCCAUCGAGGACAUGGAUGGAGGCACCUUCACCAUCAGUAAUGGAGGGGUGUUCGGCUCCAUGUUUGGUACCCCGAUCAUCAACCAACCACAAUCAGCUAUUCUAGGCAUGCAUGCAAUUCUGGAUCGCCCCAUGGCUAUAAAUGGCAAGGUUGAGAUCCGCCCCAUGAUGUACCUGGCUCUGACGUACGACCACCGGCUGAUUGACGGGCGGGAGGCGGUCACCUUCCUCAGGAAGAUCAAGUCUGCUGUGGAGGACCCCAGAGUGCUCGUGCUGGACCUUUGACACCGCGGAGACCUCCCUAGCAGCACCCCUUAUCACUCAAACAAACCUGACUGAAUGUUAACUGUGAUGAAUCUUUUUCAGAAAUCGUUUUGCUAUGUCUACAAAUAUAUACUACAGAAUCUACCACCAAUUCAUUACUGGCACACAGAAGUAGGCUGUUGUUUUUACCUAGAAUAGGAAUAUGUUAUUGACAAUGUAGGUUUGGACAGAGAUAAUGAUCAGCCUUACUCAGUACUAGUUCCACAACCAGACUCAAAACAUUCACUUCAAGACCUCCAGUAGCACUUUGCAGUGUUUAUUACUUUCAAUUUCUUCUGUUGCUGCUGAUAAUUAAGCAGUUAUAUAGAUCAAUAUUGGAUGCUUUGCCUGUUUCAGUUAUCUAAGCUGAGCCUGAAAAUUGAACUUUACAAGUUUCCUCAUAUCGGAUGAUUUUGACAUUGAACGCUCUGCUGGACAUCUUCUGUAAUCACCGCAAGCUUGCCAAGGAUUUUUAGAAUUUAUGGGGCCAUUCAGACUGUGCCCGAUACUUGGCACUGCGGGGGGAGGACUUGUGUUGGGCUGAUGCCAGCAUGAUUGCCCAAUGUGUAAAGAAGAAGUGACGCUUUAUUGAUUGACCUUUUUAUGUUGUCAGCCCUGGUUGUUUGCUUGUAGCCUUACUGCCCUCUGCUCAGUCUGGCAUGUAACCGGAUCUCUCAUCAGAGUGAUGUAUUCAUAGUAGAGUACUAGUAAAUAAAUAAACCACGUAUUUAUUGAUGUUUUCAGAGGCAGCUCAUAUUGUCUACAUACUCUGACAGUACCUGCUGUCCUAAUAC